UACCCACAACUGCCAAGAGCUCUCUCCAUCUGCUCAGUCUGGGCCUCCUCAGCCUAUGAGAUCCAUCUGCCUCCCCAGUCCCCCAACCCUAUGGGCCUACUUGAUUCCCUAAGGCCUCUCAAACACCCUCCUUCUCCAUGACUCAUGAGGGCACUCUCCGAGGAGUGAGACGAUCUUGAGAGCAUGUUCAUUUUCAUCAACCAUGGAGAUAAUCAGCAAUUUCUGGUCAAUACCAAUUGCUCUGUCCGCCUGUUGCUACAUUAUAUUCGAAGUAAAGUGGGGUUGCCUAAAAGAGACACCAUCGAUUUGUGUGAUGAAACGGGGACAAUGAAGUUGCUUUUCCUGACGAAGACCCCUGGAGACUAUGCCAGCAAAUUCCUUACAGCUCGAAGCAUCUACUACAUUUGUAGGGUGGAGCGUGGGGGACCAGGAACCAGACUUCAGAAUGCCUAUAGAGCUUUUGUGCCCCUGCUGAAGAAUCCAGAGCCAGAGCUCAUUGAUGCACUGCGCACACAAUGCGACCUCCUAGAGAGGAGCCGAGUGAAGAUGCUUAGAAUCCAAGAAGCCAAGAAGGUCGUUCCAAUUCAGUCUUCCGUGAACGUUCCAUCCAAAUCAUCGGGACGAUCAGACACAGACACGCCCCCUCGCAAGACUGUGGUCUUUAAGACCAGAGCAGACGUUCUCAACAAGAGGGAUAAACGUCGCUAACUCAAUAAAGUGACAGAGUGAGAGCAGUAAUGCUAGGUAUGAAA